AUGGGAGGAGCCCAUGUUUCGCGGCUUCCUGGACACAAACCAAGAAUCAAACAAGGAGGAGCUGCAGACUCUUCGCUCGCUGCCGUCCUGACCUCCAGCGAUUCUGUCGCACCACGCGGACAUCACGCGGUGUUUUAUGCCACACAAGCACAUAAUGGUUGCGAGCCUGGCAUCCUUUUCUUCGAGGCCAGCGUCGCCAAAUGUGAUAUGGAACCUGUUCUACUUAACUCGGGAACUCUUCACUUACCUCAAGUUCAUCAAUUUUUACCUCCAGAUGACCAGGUUCUAGUGGUGGAUCAGUUUUUGAAAUUCGUCAACAGCCGUUACUUCGAAAGCAUGAAUGAUGGUAGCUCAAUUGCUAAUGAGUCGAAUAAGACGGGGCCUAGCCGUCUCUUGGCUCACGAACUAGUUGGGAAGCCGUUAAAACUCAGCCCUUGUGAGGUGCCGAACCAUUGCCAUGCACCUGAUAGGCGAACACUCUACCUCUUCACCACUGUCCAGAUCUAUAUAAACAUCUAUGUUGGUGUUGAUAAGGCAAUUGAUCGAGACGACAAGGUAUCUGAAGCCGAGAUUGGUACUGUCUAUGGAGAAGAAGCAAUACUUGAAAGUACAACACCGGAACUUCGGCAAGCGGGUAUACUGGCUCACCCCGCUCAACCGUCGUUUUCCACGUUCAUAGAACGCCCGAGGUAUACGUAUGACGAAGUUUCCACGAUUUGUUUCCACUAUGAGAAAGCCUUCGACAGCGUAGAAACGAAUGCAAUACUGUCAGCCCUGGUCGAUCAAAGUGUGGAUGCGUCGUAUGUGAGGACAUUAGCCAAUUGCUACGACCGAUGCACCACUAAGAUACAGCUUUUCUACCCCCUCACCAUACCCAUUGGAAAGGAGGUACGACAAGGCGAUACUAUACCGAAGCUGUUCACGGCUGCAUUGCAAUGGAUAAUGAAAUCGCUUUCCUGGGAAGAAAGCGGAAUACGUGUCGAUGGAAGAUUUCUCUCGAACCUUCGUUUUGCGGACUACAUAGUUCUCUUUUCGAGAAGUGCUAAUGAAGCAGAAGCGAUGCUCAAAGGAUUAGACGAAGCAGGAAACCGAGCGCUGGAGCUUUCUAUAUUUGAAAAAGUCGGCAAAUCUAAUUUUUCUAAAGAAUAA